AUGGCCGCUGUGAAAAAAAUCGGGGCCCUCUUGUCGCUGCUGGCCAUGCAUGGCCUGGAGUUUAUUGCUGAUGCUGCCUUCAGGCAGUCUCCUAAGGCAUCUUUGAAACAGGGCGUAGGACUUCCGCAAGAAGAGCUCUGGACGAAGCUCCUACUCUUCUUCAUCAAGGUCUUGCACCAGCUCGGUCAGGCCAAACUACUGGCGAUGCUGCAAGUGCUCCGGCGGCUGGUACAGCUACCAGAUCAACGAUUCUUGCCCCAUGUGCCAGUCCUGGCGCUGUGA